AUGCCUUUGAAAGGUCGUAAGAGACUCAGUGCUGACCUUCACGAUCUGCACACGACCUGCCCAUCUGACCUUGAUAAGGGAACGUGGUCUGCGCAAAGUUUCAGAGCAGGGGAUGACGAUGGUUCAGUAGAGUUCGACCUGAUAGAAUCUAGAGAUCGGACAAGGAUAGUGAUGCAUCUCCUGUAUUCUGGGGGCUCUAUUUGCAUGGAUCUUUUACUAACUUCAGCUGCAUGUAUUGACAUGUAUCCCGGAUGGCUUCCAGGCUACAAUAUCGCAUCCGUACUCUUACAGAUCAAGCUAGCCAUCUCGAGCACUAGCCCCAAACCCGCGCGGCUAGCCCAAGAUUGGGAACAAAACCGGGCUCUGAUUCUUGUGAAGACCGUAUCAUCCACAGGAGGCGUUGUCAGUGUAUACGAGAACGGCAGCUAUCCAUGGUUGGAAGUACCUCAGCUGUUUGUUCCUCACGCCGAGCUCACUUGUAUAGACACGGUCGCACAACUUAUGGAUCCAAUAAUCAACCAGUUCCACGAUAUUGCCCAGCAACUUGCAGCUCAGGCGGACACGAUUGAGCGGGAGAAAACACAACAGAUAAGCGUUCAGCGUGAUUUCGACAGGUCCCAAAGUGAAAAUGAAAAGAGGAUUGGCGAGCUUCAACAGGAGAUCCAGGAGAUCUGGGCGAAUGCCAAGGAGAAUUAUAGCAGCAUUCUCAAGUUAAAAAGAAGGACCACCUACCGAGGGGAUGCACAAGAUCAGUUGGAUACCGCCGCCAAUUAUGUCUGGAGUCGCCUCCCGCCCGCAGACCAGGCACAACUGUCGCUCGACAUCCCAAAGAUCAUUCUAGAUACAUCAGAGGAUAGCAUCUGCCGCCUGGGCAAUGAAAUUGCACACCUGGAGGUCACCAUGUCAGCGAUUGAAGACGAAGAUUUGUCAGACGGGGAGCAUGAAUCCUUGGUUAGGAUCCUGGAUCCACGAUUGGACGUAUACUUAGUGGAGAUCGAGCUUGGUGGUUUCAGGGGCCGUACUAAUAAGCUCGUGGAUGGGUGUUAUUCCUGGUGGGUUGGGGGCUGCUUUGCAUUGUUGUCUUCGCUGGGCAUCGUUGGUGCGCAUGGCCGUGAUGAUAACCAUCAGUCUUCUACUGCCCAUGAAGAGGACGAAUCUUGGGAUGAUAUUGAUGAUUCUUUAUGGGAUCGUGCUGCCCUACAGCGCUACAUCCUAUGCGCCGGCCAACACCCAGCAGGAGGCCUGCGCGAUAAACCUCCAAAGGCUGCGGAUUCGUACCAUACGCUAUAUUGUCUAGCAGGACUAUCCGCGGCUCAGCAUAAUGUUUUCCUGUCAUCUACUCGGCAAGAUGCCAUUGUUCACGGUUGGAGGACCCCGGUUGAGGAGGAGGGCACAUCUCGUGUGCUUGGAGCGCAAAAUAACCGGAUGGUGAUUUUCUGUGCCAAUUUCGACGCGCCGAGUGACUUAUCGAGGUUUUAUGCAGAAUGCGACACAUCCGGUAUUCAAUCUAACGAUGACACACACGGAGGGUAUGAUGGCGCAUUUCUAUAA